CGGCUUCGAUGGUCUUCUGUCUUCUGGGUCUCCCGGGUCCGGUUCGCCUCUCCCCUCGGCUCCCUUUCCUCUCUCAAGCUUCCCCUCGUGCUUCUGCUCACGGAAGAAUCACAAGGCCAGAUUAUCUCUCGGUCUCUCUCUCUGACUGAUGUCAUGGCGUGUACCGAGUGUGUUUAAAAAGCAACAAGUCUUUAUUCGAGAGUGUUUUCGACUUGCAUGAAAUCCAGCGUUUCGUCAAGGUAACAUUUACGCGAAGACCAUACGAAAGUACAAGAAAGAAGAGAGAGAGAGAAAAAAAUAGAGAUACGUCACAAAAUCAAUCAGCACGAUGGCGGACGCGUACGAGCAGCUUCUGAGGAAGAUACAGGCGGGGCUGCAGCAGAAAAUGGCCGGGGAGCAGGCAGCAGGCGAGCAGGAGGAAUCGCUGCUGUUCCCUGGACAGACGCUGGAGGAGGCGAGCCACCAGCAACAACAGUAUGAAGAGAAAAAGCAAAAACAACAUGAAAAAGAACGACAGCAAAGAUUACAACAACGACAAGAGCAAGAGCAAAAACAACAACAGCAGCAACAACAACAGAAACAAAAACAAGAACAAGAACAAGAACAACAACAACACGAACAAGCGCAUCAUCAGGAGACCCAAGACAAAACACAGACCCAAGACACGUCCUUCAAGAGCCUCUACGACGGGAUCUGCAACAGGAUCAGGGCGACGGGGGUGCUGGACGCCAUCAUGGAGGAGUUCCAGGAGCAAAAGACGGACCUGGAGAGAGUGCAGUACGUCUCCCAGAUGAGCGAGAUCCAGAACUUCAGCCUGAAAGAAAACUACGCCCAGAAGAGUACUGAGGACGCCGCCAACUACGAGAAGGUGUACGACAUGCUCGUCCCGAACGAAGCGUCAGCCAACAAGGCCCUCGACGUCAUAAAGAAGUGCCUCUUGAAGACACCGCCAGAGGACACCUUGGCCCUGGCGACUCGCUACAUGAAGAGGGGCUGGACGUACCUGCUGCUGGAACAAUUUGAUAACGCCAAGGUCGAUGCCAUGAAGAGCUUGUCGUUCAAGUGCCCGGAUGAACAGAUGUGGAACGCCUAUGAAAUUCUAGGACACUGUUAUGCGAUGUCCAAAGAUUACAAAGAAGCGGAAGCUCAGUUCUUGAAGGCUCUCGAAAACCUGAGGAAGAGCAAUAUCCCCAAUGAAGUAAAAGCAGCAACGACCGUGAGGAUCAUGUCGGUCUUCAAAUCGGUCAAAGGGAAGAAGCAAAAGAAGGCGUCCAGUGCGGCUGCGGGGAAACCAGCGAGCAAACACGUUCCUCAGCUUUCGUACGGCAUAAACAAGCGGUUCCCCAGUGCCUCGAGCGCCGUCAACUUCGUCCGAUCGCCGAUGAUGGGGAGGUGUGCCAUCGCGCAGAGGGAUAUCAAACCAGGUGAUAUUUUAAUCAUCGAUGCACCUUAUGUAACCAUGAUGAAUGCAGAUGUUUGUGGCAACCAUUGCUAUAACUGUUUUAGUUACUGUCCUUGCCCGAUACCAUGCAGCUCUUGUGCUAAGGUAUCUUACUGUAGUGACUCAUGCUACGCAACAUCGUGGGAACUGCAACAUAAAAUGGAAUGCAAGGUUCUUAAUCACCUUAUGGACCCUGAAAUAGGAAAAGUGGCUUUACUUGUUUUCAGAGCACUUGUCAUGGUGUCAUGGUGUAAACUACAAAAGCUAAAAGAGAAACUCCUGACAGUUAUCGAUGAAGAGAAUUGUGAAGCUCCACAUGUUGUAGAGGAAGAAGCCUCCUCAGAUUCUGAGCCUACACCAACACCCAUAAGCUGGGAAGGAAAAUACCAGCCAAAAGACUAUAUGACCGUCUUUCACCUCAUAACUAAUUCCAACAAGCGAUCUUUUGGUGAUCUUUUAAAGAGAAGCAUCACAGCUCUUUAUAUAUGUCAGUGCCUUAAAUUAGGGGGCUUUUUCGGGAAAGAAGAACCUCAGGAAGAAGAUGUAUUAUUUGUGGCUGCCUUAGCACUCAGACACUUGCAAGGAGCUUCAUGUAAUGCAUAUGAAAUCUCAGAGUAUGAUACCACUGAACACAGUACUAAUGAAUUGGGUGGUGCAUUCUAUACAACAGUCUCACUCACGAAUCACUCUUGUAAAUCAAAUGCUAUCCGUUACAGUGUUGGAGACAAGUGUAUACUGCGUGCAAUAAGGUUUAUUCCUAGAGGCUCUGAAGUGUUUGAUAAUUAUGGUUUCCAAUAUUACUCAAAUCCUGUGGCAGAACGUCAGGAAGUUCUCCUAAAUCAGUAUAAAUUUAAAUGUUUGUGUGAAGCUUGUGCGCAUAAUUGGCCUUUGUAUCCUCAUCACCAGAUGGAAACAUUGAUACUCCGUUGUCCAGCACCAAAAUGUCGACAGCCAUUUUGCUUUUCUACAUCUAUUCGUUCUAAAUGCAACAUGUGUGGCAAUAUACAACAAUAUACAAAACUAGUGCAAGAGGCUGAUGCACAACUGAUACAUCAUAAAGACUGUCUGGGUGCAAUGAGGAAGGGUAAUACAUCAGCUGCUUUAGCUGGGCUGCUAAGUCACCAAAUUUUCCUUGAUCAGCAUGUUGUUGAACCGGCCAAACAUUAUACUGAUGUGGUAGAACUAAUAAGAAACUGCUAUGCUCAAAUGGGUAAUGUAUACAGUCCUCAUGAAGCUGCACCAGUUGCUGAGGCUCCAAAACCUCAAGGGCAAAAGCUUAAAGCUAAGAAAAGUAAAUAUGUAAAUCCACGCUAAAUGAACAAUAAAUGAAUAGAAAAAUAUAGAUGGGAGACUGUAUUUCCAGUAAGUUCCAUACAAAGCAGAAUGAGAAUCUGAUAAUAUUCAUACAUUAUGUUAUGACAUGAAAAGAACCACAAGAAUUGUUAUGAAGUAACUGACACUUUUAUAACUGAAUGCCAGGCUUUGUCCUUUCAUUAGAGAUUCUGUAACAAACAGUAUAAAUGAUCAACAACA